GAUUUAAUUGAAUUUCACCCCAAAAAAUCACCCGCAGCUGAAAUAGUUUAGUUAAAUUGUAUCUCCCGUAUAGUAGCGGUGUUUUAUGUCCUUCCUUGAGUAAAGCUAAUUUAUAGUUUUUUAUACUUGAGUGCAUGAAAAAUAAGUAAAAAAGCAGUAACACUGCCAUAUCGAGUGCAGUGAACUUUUUUAAAGUCUGCAAAACAAUGUGUUGUGAUCGUUCAUUUAAUAUAUUCGGAAACAUUUAAUGAGAAUCGCAUAUUUUGAUGAAUCAAUUGAAUUAAAUGCGCUCUGAAUGGUUUCACCAGUGGUCCAUUUCUCACGGACAUCGAUUCUUCUGCAUGCAUUAACUUACUCUGAGCUCAUAACCUAACUUUUCGAAUGUAAACAAUGCCAUUUCAUUUCCAACCUCUCCGAGUGGUUCGUUCCUGUGCGAGGCACUGACAAACGCAAGCUUGAUUAGAUUUCACGUCGAGAAUCUCUGUUACUAGGGGGUACGGGUACGCACCCUGACCGCCCAGCGGUCGAGCCCCCCUUCCCAAUUGAAGCGCUUCACGUCUCCAACUGUAGUAGCAACAUUAUCUUACCUUGGAAUGGCAACUGCACAUACUCGCGCUUUAUUUGUAAUGAUAUUGUUACAAAUUCACCGCAGCGACAAUUCGCUCCACGGUCCAGCUGGAGGAAGUUCAAAAGAUGACUUAAGCAUCAAUCAGCCUUCAGAGAUGGCUGAUUUGAGUAUCUUACGCGAAAGCGGCAAACUGAACUUGAGUCACCCCCGGCGAAUGCGGCGGGAGUCGCGGGUUUGGUUUUUCAGCGACGGGAUGGCCCGACCGAGCCAGGAGACGAGCCCCAGGGACGACCGGGAGCGACCUCGGGACUGGGUCAGUUUUCGGGAGGACCCAUACGACCUCGAGGAAUUCGCAAGCUCCAACCUCAGGCGCCGCUCCGUCGAUGACGAGAUAACUUCCUUCGAUCGGUGCAAACAGUGCGAUGAGCUCCUGCCCAUCAGGCCCAACCUCAGCCUCGAGACCCCGGCCCACCUCGAGACUCUCACCAGUGACUUGAAAUCGCAAGUCGUUCAAACCAGGACCCAUCGCAAAUCGCACCAAAAUGGCACUGAUCAUUCUUUCAGUUUGAUCGAAAGUUCAAACCGACGACUUACGACUACAAGUCCUGAUUCCAACUUUGCAGGGCACCGUAGCGAAAACACCAACACGGUCGCGUUGAAUGACAACCUUCCUGCCGUGCAAUACGAUUUACCGAGCGCUAGUUUACCCGAAUUCGAGGAGUCGCGCCUGCAUAAGAGGCGAAAUAAACGGAGGAAGCACAAGAAAUUCAACGAGGCUGUAAUCGAUGCACUGUAUGAGGAGGCGCGAAAAAACGAAGAUGUCAUCAAAAUGCUUUACGGAAUGAAAGCACCGUCGAAUGUCUUAAAUAGCAAAAAAUCCAGCCGAAAAAUGAAGCAAAAGCAUCCAAUCAGCGAAAGCUGCGGAGGACAGGAAGUAUUCAAAAGGGAUAUCUCUGCGACGAAAAGCUCGAUGUCAACGCUGCUUGAUGGGAAAAGCUUAUUGGUCCCUGAAAUCGACGAGGGUCCGAUUGAUCUCUCGACGCCUUUCAACGACGAGGAGGAUGAUGAGUCGGUGACGGUGAAAGUGUACGAGAGUGCAGUGGAAAUUAGCAAUAACUCGCUUUUUAGCAAUCUCAGAUUCGUCCCGAAGAAAAAAAAUUAUUGGUUCAAACGAGUUGAUAGACACGAUUUUGAUCCCAAGGAUCCCUUACAAGCCCUUUCGGUUGAUUCAGAUUCUGAAGGCGAUGAAAAAAGUGAAAGCCUACCUUAUGAUGAUUCGCGUAAAUAUUCUUACAAAAAUGCGUCGAAAAAUCAUGACUCAAGAUUGAAGUAUGAAAAAUUACCGCAACGUCUCGCUCCGAAUGAAUAUUUUGCUGGUGUAAGAAUGAAAAAGAGUAACAACGGAUCAGACGUUUCAGACAUCAAUAACACAACUGUGGAGAGUUCCAAAACACCAUCAUUGGAGGCAAAUAUCAAAGAAUUACAAACAAAUUCAAGAAGUUUGACGGUGAGCCCAGCCAUGCAAGCCACAGAUCCUUUCCGCGAGGUUAAAAAAACUAAAGGGAAUUCAGCUAAGAUAGAUGAAUCGGAUAAAAAUAAAACAGGUCAGGGCGAAACAGCGUUGCGUAUUCUUGUCUCGAAUGGAGAGAUCAAAAGUGCAGAUUCUUUAAUGUGGAAUCGAUCUUCGAAGGCAAGUAAGUCUGGUAAAUCUGCAUCUGGAGAAAUAAAGAGGGUUUCGGAACCAGAGGAAGGAACGGUGGAAACCAUAACUGAGGACAAGGGUUCUCCAGUCAAUUCAACACGAGAACUUUCCGAUGUGUCUUUACUUUUGAAGGCCGAUAUGAAUCAGACAGAAAUUAGUAAAUUAAGUGGAGAAACACUGGUAGGUUUGGGAUCCAAAAUGAGCACCGCAGCUACGGUCGCGGAGAAAGCCGCAGACUGCAGACAUACCGACUCAGAAUUCGUCACUGUGAGUGCAGUCCUCCCUGAGAUUAAAACAGCAAAAUCUAAUGUUACAAUCUUAACAGAAGCAGUCGUGAACAAAACUAAGAAUUUUAGUGUGUUCCCAAAUUUGGAACGGUAUAAAAAUAAGCCUUUUUUGUCUCCUGUUAACGAUUCCUCGUCUAACGUCACAAGUAAUCAUUCCUCAACGGAGACUAAUACUUCUCGAUCUACCUCGUCGUCUAGUAAUGCAAGCCUAUCAUCUACCUCCCUUAAAAAUGUCAUUGUUCAGAAUAGAUCCCUACGUUCUGCGGACCUCGACAACGCGUCUGGUUCAUCUGACGGCGCUAACAGACAGUUGCAUAAAGUCAAACGAGAGGAUGCAGAUAGUUCUUAUAAAACUAUCUUGCAUGCAACUGGAGAAAUCAAUAUCAGACCAAUCAAUUAUUCUACAUUCAAUCAGUCUUUUAAAAAUUUAGCUUCCAAGUCAAAAAAACCAUUUACUUUUGGUAGAAACUCAGAGAACAUGAACUUUGAUGACCGCUUCGAGCAAAUGUUUAAUCAAGAUCACGAAACACACGAUUCGCAAGACAAAAUUAACGCUGAAAGCACUCACACUACGGACAGCAAUGAAUUCAAUCGUUUCCGGGUUGAUUCAAAACAGAAAAAGAACAACCAUUCCCUCUCAACUCCGAGUAAAAUUGUUGAUUCUAAAGAUGCUCAAGCAAUAAGCAGCGAGUUACGUCGAAUGAUAGUGGAAAAGUCCAAAAAGACGGGGUUACAAUCAUCCUCGCUCCAGAAUGAACAAGAAUUUACACCUCACCCUGUCGAAAAAUCGUUUGUGGGCAACAGAUCAACAUCUUCGUUCGAUACCGUGGUGAAAAGUGUCGAUAUUUCCUCUACGACUGGCUCUGUCAGACCCGGAGAAGAGGCAAGUGACGUAGAUAUGAAACUCGAGGGAAUUAUCGGUGGCAAAUUACCAAAUCAAAUGGUCAAUUCGAUUUUUGCGAAGGUGAAUGGUAACGGGAAAUUGGUCAGUGACUUAGGCUUGGGGCAAGUUUCGCUCAGUUCGCACGAAAGUCUAGAGGAUCUCACGGUGCCGAAUAACCAGAGAGAGGGGGAAGUGAAGAAGCAGGCCGAGGGUAUGAUGAUGUCAAUCACGCGAGAGCUGACCCGGCUGAUUCAAGAGACCUCAAGAAAACAAGGCUGUUACACGCUAAAACCGGAAAUGCUAAAUUUUCUUCGCUGGUUGGUUGCUCCUGCUCCCAUCAAGAGGGACGAAGAAAGCGAAAAUUUAGGGUGACAUAUUUGAGAAAUGUGUAUGAUUAAGUCAAUAGUUAAGUAUAUAGGUGGAUAAAUAUCUUAAGAAGCUGUCUGACGAAGCUAACUUAAUGUCUUAUACAUUGUAGCUCAUGUGAGAUAAUCAUAGAGUCAGAGAAAAAAGAGGGACUCUCGCCUUUUAGGUCAAAAGAUUAAAUUUAAUCUCAUGAUUAUAAAAUCAAGUUAUGGUCUUCCGCAGAGGAACCCUAAAAAUUCAAAAAUGUCUUUCUAUCCCUAUUUAUUUGCGAUGCAAG